CCUUUCACCAAACCACUCUUCUAUAAAAUCCUCAAAAUGCAGCUCACUGCCGCCUCCCUUUUUCUUGCCAGUCUCCUUGCCGGUAACGCUUUAACAGUGCCCUUAACAACACGUCAAGCAUCAUCCGUUGAGGGCCAAGAGUGCACCGACGGGCAAUUCAAAGGUUUCUGCCGCGCCGAUGGCCGCUGUGGAUUGCAGUUCCCUCCUAACGAGACAUCGUUCCAGUUCAUUUCUGGACAAUGUGGUGUAGCUGAUAGCACCGGAGGAGCUUUUGACAACUUUUUCGGCCGCAAGAGCAAUGAAGUUGACGACGACGCUGCUACCGACGACGAAGGCGCUAACCAGGCCUCAGUCGAUGGCCAAGCAUGCACCGACGGUAAAUUUAAUGGGUUUUGCCGGGCCGACGGUCGUUGUGGAUUGCAGUUCCCUCCUAACGAGACAUCCUUCCAGUUCAUUUCCGGACAAUGCGGCCAGUAAGUGGCGCAAGAUUCCGAGGCCUAGAACGGCAGCUGGAUCCUCUUGCGGGAAGACGACGUUCUAAAAGGAGGAGAGGGCAUGAUAAUACGGUGUCGUAUAAUGUAGCCAAGGACAAUAUAUGUUAAACCAA